CGCGAAAUGGACUUGCAUAGGUUGACCACACCCCCCUCCUCGCCUCCUGCUGGGCAGCGGUCCAGAAGCCAUUUGCCGUCUACUCCGGAACGUGAAGGCAACAACUCACUCGGCAAGCCGUCAACCCCUCGUCACGGAGAGGCGACCAAUGCCAGUAAUGCCACUUUAACAUCGUCGACUGUGACCCUCUCAGCGUCACUGGCUUCCAGUACACUUCUGACAUCCUCUUCUUUCGAUACAUUUUCAUCAUUUGCUGCGCUUCAUAGAAAGGUUGUCAUUCGUGCGGAUCCUUCUGUAAACACUUGCUUUGAUCCCGCCGACAAAGAACUGUAUGACCUCUGGUCGCCGAAAAGGUGGUGCGGAGACUACUAGCUCUUUGCAUGAUUUUGUCCUGUUUUAUCGGCGGCCACUGUCCGCUCAGGGAAGGAGCCCUUGCAGCGGAUGCGUUUUCUUGUUGUCCUCUAAAAGCAUUCAUUCUCAAGCCAUCGUAUUUGGCAUGGAAUACCACUCGCUUCUCAAUCAAUUUCAACA